CAAAUAUAUGAAUAGUAUGUCGUCAAUCAUAAGGGUAGAACAGCCUAUUAAUUAGUAUAACAAUCAAAUUGUAACCAAAGUGAAUCAAAAGUUACUAAUAAAAAAUGAUAAUUUCAAAGUACCCUUGUUAACUAAGCGCUUAGCAAUAAUUUUAUUUUGACUAUUUUAAACAGAAAGUAGCAUUUAUUACGAAUGAUGGAUUUGUUAAGAUCUACGAUAUCAUAUAAACUAAAGAAGGUCAGAAACAUGUUUAUAAUUGUGAAAUUGAGGCGUAUAAUUAUUUUGAUUUUGAAGUCAUUAGGGAGAGAUCAGUUCUUUAUCUUGGCAAAGUCCUAAAAUGGACAAUCUGAUUGCCACAUGUGGAGAGGAUUAGACCAUACGAAUAUUCAAGGAAACUGGGAAAGUUUGGAGAGAAAUAUGCAAAAUAAAUGAGCAUCAAAAUCCUUAUAUAGUAAAAUGGAUAUAAAAUGAACAAAUUUUAGUAGUGGGAUAUUAUGAAGGAUACUUUGAGGUAAGACAAGGAGAGGACUUUAAAUGUGUUCAUAAAUUUGAAAUGUUUGAUCAAUUGAUUGACUUUGAUUUACAAUUGAUGAAACAAGAUGCCAUACUUAUAUGUUCUGGAGUUAAUGGCAAUUCAUAAUUUAUAUUUUAAAUCGAAACAAUUAAAUUUUAGGAUUUGAACAAAAUUGUGAAUAAAAAGAAACUAUCUUAUCAAUUGCAACAGUACAUUCAGAACUUAAAGAUAGCUCCUUAUAUGAACAAUAGUGAAAUAAAGGUGGCUGGAUAGUUUUAGGAGGAUGCAGCUGUUAUAAGCAUAGAAUAUAACGAAGAGUUGGAUAAGUCGAUUGAUAAACUUACAGACUAAUUAAUUCCGAUUGAUUCGAAUUGCUGGCAAUUUGAGUGGUCCACAUUUGGAAAUGAAUUACAAAUAUACACUGAAAGGGAAGUGAGAGUGUAUUAGUAAAACAUUUAUGAUAAAUUUGUGAUAUUAUGA